CAGGACUUUAAGAGAGGAAGAAACACAAACUGCGACAAUCUGUGUUCAACUCUUCUGACAACUCCUUAAAAAGAGGAGUGUGUAUUAAAACUUUUAGAGAAUCUGUGAUCCAAAGGAAAAUUCUGACACUUGAUUAUAUCACAAGACAUGAAGCAUCUUAAGGUUUUCUACUUAAACUGGCACCUGCUAAUUCUUAUGCUUACCUUCUAUGUCAGCAACUACGUCACAUGUCAGCAGAUUCCCUGCACACAAGGAUGCGCAUGUCCCAGACCAAAUGAAAACAACUGUCUCAACACAACAGUUUGUCCGAAUGACGUAGACGUCAGCGCUACUGUCCUCAAACUGACAGGCAGCUCGUGCGGCAACACCAUCGACAGAACACACUUACAGAAGCUGACCAGUCUCGUAACCUUGGAGAUCAGAAGAAGUCCUUACCAGGUGCUGGGGGACAGAGCUUUCGCUGACCUGCCGCUCACCUCGCUAGUGAUUCAGGGAACUGCCAUCACCACACUGCAGGCAGGAAGCUUGUCUAACCUCAACCACCUCAAUAAGCUAGACCUCUCUAACAACCUCAUCGACGUCAUCAGCGACAACGUCUUUCAGGACAUGGCGGCCCUUACUCACCUCCUGCUGGUCGGAAAUCGCAUUACCUCCCUGUCGGACAACGUAUUCCAUGGACUGUCUAACCUGGCAAUCUUAGACCUCACUAACAACAGUAUCAGUCACCUUUCAUCUGACUGCUUCAGGCCGCUAGUGAAGUUAGUGUCACUUAAGCUCAGCUACAACAACAUUCAGCAACUCCCAGACAGAUUUCUCACAGGUGUCCCAAUGAAAACCCUUUUCAUAGACCACAACCGCCUCACCUACAUCGGCCCUGAGGCUUUUACCAACUCCCAACUCGGAGCCUUUAACUUGGAGUACAACCAACUCACAGAUUUUCCCACUGAGGCUCUACGUAAAAUCGUUAGCAUAAGUGUCAUCUCGCUUGGAUACAACGCCAUCACACAGCUGACCAGAGGAGAUGUGGCAAACUUCAGCAUAAGGAUGCUCGAGUUGAACUCUAACCCCCUCAAGGUGGUGGAGGACGGGGCUUUCACCGGAAGUACCAUCACCAACCUUAUCAUGAACGACACGCCGCUGACUACGCUGCCCGACUCCAUGAGCACUAUGCUGACGUCAUCCACCACGCUCAGUCUGCGUGGCGUGACGGGCUGGUCCUGCGACUGUGACGCCAUCUGGUUGGCCAGUUUCUUGGCCUCCAGCACCAAAAGCACCGGCCCCGUGUGCGACACCGGAAAAAACCUGACCGCCUCACUCGCUGACCUGGAGGCCACGUGCACUACCACCACCUCUACCACCACGCCGUCAACUACAACCACGACAGAAACACCAAGUACAGCUGCCACAUCGCCAAGUACUGCUAUUAUUACUACUAGGCCGACAACGUCAACCACCACCUCCACCACAUCUUUCACCUCCACCAGUCCGACAACAUCAUCAGAUACAACAAGAGAUGUGCCUCUAGAUUCAAGUACUAACACUGCGACUAUUGCGCUGCCGAGAAUUUCACCUUUAAUCGAAACGCCUUCAACUACGACAAGUUCCGAUUAUUCUUCGGCGGCGACUACUUUUACCACACCGACCACCAGCCCAACAGAAGCAACUCACACGACUUCUACGGCAUCCAACACCGCCACCUCGAGCACCACUACUCCUACUAUCACAACUCCGCUGUCGACAACGACAUUCGCGCCUUCACCGACGACUUCCAUGACACCCUCAGCAUCAACAAUUGGUUUAGCUACUACGGGUACCGCGUCUGUUAGACGUGAUUUCCAUUUACUAUUAAAAUAUAUAAGAAGCGAGCAAUAUGAGAUCGUUAUCAACUGACUUCCAUUGCUAAGUACAGUCCCGACUUGUUAUCUCACAACCAUUCAACACAAAGGCUGGGCAAAAUGCGAAUACUUUCUUUGAGAUAACUUUGAGAAAAGCCCAACUGUUGACAAAUUUGAGAUAACAGGUUAGACUGUACUUCCUGUCAUUGCGAUCUUCUGGCUCGUUGACUGAUUAAUCUCUGAACCUUCGGUUGGACUCUAACGCUUCUUUUUUUUAUCACUUGUUACUUCUGACUUUUAUAUAUGCCGUCUUAUUUACAGUUAUUCUACUGCAAGUAUUUUUGUUUACAAUACUUAUGUAUGCUUUGCUUUCAUUUUCUUAGUUGCUUCUGUUUGAUCAACACGCUCUGUUUAUAAAGUUCUCUUCAUGUACAGUAUAUGACUUUUUCGCUGUUGAGUCUUGCAUUUUAAAUAAUAGAGGAGAAAAUAAAUAUUACACA